GAAUGGUCUUCCAGCGAGCAUAGCUUACGACAGCAACAACAAUCAGGAGAACAUCGCCUUCAGUAUUACAACCCUACAGAGGAGGCGCUUCACAUGCACCAUCAACAGAGCCAGGGAGAGAAGCCUCACAGUUUGGAAUUUCUUGGGGUGAGGCGUGAGGAAGACCUUGAUGAAUAUCUGCAUCAGGGACCACACAGUCAACACCAUCACCACCAGUCACAGCAUCAACCCUAUCAUCACCACCACCACCACCUGCAACACCUCCGGAGCAGCCGCCCUUCAGAACCACACCACCAAAACCAUCAACAGCGGCGAGACAAGAGGAAUCACCACCGUGUUGAGAAGCGUCACCAGCUCCUACAACACCGCCUCACUCACCACCAGCGACUACCUCACCCACUACAGUUUACACAGUCAGAGUAUAGGCAAACUGUCCCAGAAGAUGUCCCUCUCCAUACUUCAAUACUGACG